AUUUAUGUCAAACCAAUAAUAAUUCACAAUCUUUUUAUAUCACCUUAAAUAAAAUAAUAUACCUAAGAAUUUUCCUCUCUAUUCCCUCACACGGUUUCUCAUUACAUCAUUAAAUCCCAACAAAAAACAAAAACACAUCUCAAACUUCUUUCAUUUCUCCCUUCUAUAUUCUUGAGGUACCAUUACGAGCUCAAUAAUAAUAUAAACGUUCGUAGAAUGGUAAGCAUUCAAUCCGAUGAACAACUCAAACAACUCAAAGAAAUAUUUGGACGAUUCGAUCUUGAUCAUGAUGGAAGCCUCACACAACUAGAGUUAGCCGCGCUUCUUCGUGCCCUAGGGCUCAAACCAACGGGCGAUCAAAUCCAUACAUUAUUAGCCAACAUGGAUAAUAAUGGCAACGGGUUCAUCGAAUUCGAUGAACUCGUAAAUGCUAUAAUGCCUGAUAUAAAUGCGGAAAUUUUAAUAAAUCAAGAACAAUUAAUGGAGGUUUUUCGAUCGUUCGAUCGAGACGGUAACGGUUAUAUAACGGCUGCUGAGCUGGCCGGGUCAAUGGCUAAAAUGGGUCGCCCGUUAACGUAUAAAGAAUUAUCUGAUAUGAUGCAAGAAGCUGAUACUAAUGGUGAUGGUGUUAUAAGUUUUAAUGAGUUUGCUAAUAUUAUGGGGAAAUCUGCUGCUGAUAUUCUUGGAUUAACGAUUUCGUAAUCAGAAAUGGAUUCAGAAUUCGAACUAUACAGAUCGAGUUCUGAUUAAUGUAUUAGGGUUGAAAUAUGUAUUAUUUAACGUAGAAUCUAAAUCAAGGCUAGAUCCGCCCCUGGUUCUAAUAAACCGGUAUCUAAGAGCGGUUUUCUGGUAUGUUUUUAUUUUUAUUUUUAAUUGUGACAUUAAUUAGUGUUAGAAAAUUGGUGUUGAUUGAUAUAUUGUAGAUGAUGACUUUGAUGGUAUUAGACUUGGUCCAAUUGAUGACUUUUAUGUUGUGAUAUAA